AAAAGGUUAAUCUGUGUGUGACUCAAUCUUUUAAAAUUAAAUUUACUGAGAAAAAAAAAAUUGAAAAACAGAAACCGACCCCAUUUAUUUAAUUUUUUUUACUUUUUUGAUCUUUUUUUUGUUGUAAAUUAAAAUCUUAAUGUCACCUUUUUAUUCGACUUUAUUUUUUUCUUUCGAGUUUUUUCACAAAUCAAGUCAAAGUUUAAAGAAAAUUAAACUUUUUAAUAUUUUUAAUAUUAAUUAAUAUUAUAUUAAUUAUAUUAAUUAUAUUAUUUUUGAUGUUUUUAAUUUUUUUUUUCACAUGAAACUUUUUUUUAAGAUUUAUUGUUUUAAUGUGAAAAUGAUAUUUAAGGAAUUCUGCUUUAAUUCCAGAUUUCUGUUUUUGUUUUUUCAUGAUUUAUAUAUUUUUGUUCUGGACUCAGUAUAAAACAGAUUACUCUAAUCUCUGGUUCAGUAGAUUUGACGGGAUUAUAAUCCAAAGAAACCAGCAGCUUGUUCCAUUUAAUUUGAGCUUUUUGCACUUUAUUCCCGUUUCACCAUCUCACCACUUUCUCUGUUUUAAUCAGCCUGGAUUUAAUCAACGGACCCAAACACCAACUUGGACUCCUCGUUAGAAACAGGUGGACUUUGAUGAAAUAUUUGGACUCCUCAGAAAUACUCACGGUUCGGGUGUUUGGGAAUAAAAGACGGUUUUCACGCUUACAGCCUUACACUCAUGAACUUGUUCAAUAUCUGCAUCUGAAAAAGACGCUGAAACGUUUCCGACUCGCAGUUCCUGUUAAGUGACGGUUAUUUCACACGUUUGUAGGUUCGAUGUAACAGGCAGCUUCUGCAGCUAAAAGCAUAACCUGCAUGCUCUGAAGAGAAACGUCUUCUUCUAUGGUUUCAAAUAUUAAAUAUGUACCAAGUGUUGAAACAGACUCACUUUUGAUGUUUCAGGGUUUUGUAAAUCCGUAUGUUGGUCGUCCUGGUGUGAAAAAACAUGUUUUAUUUUCAUACAGAUUAUAAAACCUCAAUAAUCUGAGUGUUGAUGGUCCGCUCCGACUAAAGACAGAAAUCCUCCAGAGAAAUCGGCAAAGUUAGCUUCCAACUGACGCAGCAAACUUUUUCAUUUUUGAAAAAAAUUACAAAAAAUUUGUUUGUGGAAAAAGAGAAAAAUUGGCAGAAGAAUCACAAAUAUUUUGUCCUGAUGUUUAUGUUGGUUUUUAUUUUGACGCGAACAGAAAUGUUUGGGUUUGAUGAUUCAGCAAACCUUGAAAACUGGAGACUGUUACUAUGACAACCACUGAAUGAUUAAACUGAAAAUCAAUGA